AUGGAUUACGAUUUCUCAAAUAAAGUAGUGCUAGUAACUGGCGCGAGUGCUGGUAUAGGCGAGGCUAUAGCUCUCCUGUUUGCUAAACUUGGCGCGAAGCUGUCGCUGGUGGGAAGGAAUGAGGCUAACUUGCGAGCAGUCGCGGCCGAGUGCGAGAAGCAGAAGGGCGUGAAGCCGCUGGCGAUUGUCGCAGACCUGGGGACUGAUGAGGGGGUUGAGAAGACUGCUAAGGACACUCUCGACCAUUUCGGACGACUAGACAUUCUCGUGAACAAUGCAGCUGUUGGUGUCUUCACGUGGCUACUCCACGACACAGACAUGAAGAUGUUCGACGACGUAUUCAGGAUCAACGUGAGGGGAGUGUACUACCUCACCAAGCUCCUGGCCCCCGCCCUCGUCGAGAGCAAGGGCAAUAUUGUCAACAUCUCCAGCAUUGUAGCGACCAUGGUCUCCGUCGGCAGUCUGCCCUACAGCAUGACAAAGGUGUCAGAAUUCGUAAAACGCAUCACAGGUCAAUCGGAGGAAGAGUACAGAGCAUGGUUGACAUCGUUUAGCAGUAACAUUCCCCUGGGGGAGCCGUGUGUGGGAUCUGACAUAGCUCGCAUGGUGGUCCACCUCGCCAGUGACCACAGCAGGCUGGUCACAGGCACCGUUAUCGAGGUAGACGGCGGCUACAGGUUCAACAGCUCAACAAACACCCCAGUGAUGGACAAAUAA